GGGCCACAAAACUGGCAAAACUUUAUUCCCAUUCCUGUUUACACUCCACAUCUGUAGAGAACGAUUUAGCUGAGUUAGUUUAAUUAUUAGUUUUGGUUUUGAGUUAGAGAAAUUAACAGAAUGGACGAUAUACAACCGUUCAACAAGACGGAGUUCCUGGAGGGCUACCUGCUGAAGCACAAGGAGCUGGGGAAGCGACAGCGCGAGUACAAGAAGAUCCUCUCGGGCAAGUUGAAGUCGCGCAAGGACACGAUCAUCGAGGCGAGCUAUGAGAAUGCCAUCGACCAGCUGGAGGACGAGAAGAACGAUCUGAGAGCCCAGAUAUGGGUGGCCAGCGGUACGACGCACCAGAAGAACAACCAGCGAUACUUGGAGCUGAUACGCUGCCAUGUGGACUGCCAGGAGAACCUGGCCCUGGACCUAGGCACCCUCAAGACCUCCGUCACGAACGUGGAGCGUGAGAUCAGUCGCGUGAACAAGGAGAUCUACAACCUGAAUCGCCUCACGGUUCCCGAUCAGCAGCACCAGGCCCAUGUGGGGCGUGUGCGCAAGAAGAUGACGAUUCUGGAGAACUCACUGGAGGUGGGAGUGCGCCAGGAGUGCGGCUUCACGGCGGCCAAUGCGGAGCUGCGAGAGCAGCUCAUCCGCAUCCUCAACCACCGCACCUUCUUCAACGAUUCCUACACGAAGAUGGUGCAGAAGCUGAACAGCGACAAGAAGUAUCUGAUAGAUCUCAUCGAGUACGCGCUGAACACCUUCGAUGGGUGCAUCGAUGUCUACGAGAAGAUCGACAACAUCGCCAAGCGGGAGGCCAAGGAGCGGGAGGUGCGACGCGUCGAGAUGCAGGGCAUCAUGCGGCGGGUGGCCGCCGAUGGGGACAACACCGCCUUCCUCGAGUGCAAGGCCAAGCCCCGCGAGCUGGCGGACCUGCAGCCGAAGGAGUACCGGCGGCGGGACGAGUUCCGGCGGCUGCACAACAAGAAGAUCAACCUGUACAACUCGGUGCUGCAGAAGAUCCUCGACUACACGGACUCCAACAACGUGGAGGAGGUGAUCGAGAAGUUCCAGCAGCAGGAGAGUCUCUACUACUCCUUCUUCAACUACGCCAACGAGAUGUCCUACCACAUCACGCUGCUGAACAACUCGGUGAACCGCCUCUUCGAGGACAUCAUCGCCCUCAAGCGGGACAACUCCAACACCCUGCAGGAGCAGGUCGAGCAGAUCGCCAGCCUCGAGGGGCAGGUCGCCCGCAAGCAGAACUCCAACAUGCAGCUGCAAAAGGCCCGCGAGAGCAACGACGCACGCCUCGAGAACCUGCUGCAGGGCCUCGAGACUAUCUGCGAGAUGUGCUCCAUGGAUGCCUCUCCACUGGCCCUGCUCCUGGGCGACCACACCCACGUCAAUCUGGUGAACUUCAGUCGCUUCUGCAAGCUGCUCGAGGUGCGCGUCCAGGAGAUCACCGCCAGCGUCUACGUGAUGGAGCGCCAGGAAGAGGGCCGCAUGGACUAUGUGGUCAAGCAGAUCGAAAAGAUCUGCGAGCUGCCCACCGAUCUCAACGAUAUUGUGCUCACCCAGCAGUGCCCCGAGUGCGCCGAGGGCGAGGCCUUCAACAUGGACGAUGGCGGCGAUGGCGUCCUCAUCCAUACCGUCUCUGAGGCCAGGAAGAAGCUCUACGAGAAGGUCACCCAGCCGGAGAUGCAGUACCGCCUGCACAGCAUCAGCCAGUGCCGUCUGCCACGUUCCCGCCUGCUGGCCGCCAAGAGGAAUAUGUAGUGUCCCCAAGCCCUUUUCGCAUCUGUUUGGUUUUAAUUAUAAUACAGCUUCCAGCCAGGAUUUAUAA